UGAGUCUGUCGACAAGUCGUGCGUGUGGUGGUUAGUGUGGUGAAAACUUAUAAGUUUUUUAACAAAUGCAUUUAAAAAAUCGUUAAAAGAAUAUAAAAUAUCACAAUAAGUGAUCCAAAUUAAUUCGAAUAAAACGCUCACACAGUGUACGCGUGUGCAACAGUAAAGAAAACUACGAAAUUUAACAAAGGUAAAUCGACGUCGACGACAACUGAAUACCUAAAAACAAGCAGCAGCAGCAACAACCAGAGGCAACAUCGAAGCAGCAGCGGCACGCAGAAUAAAGAAACAAGGAAACAUUUGCACAGCAACCCAAGCAACGACAACAACAACAACAACGGGCGGCAGCAGCAGCAAGCAGAGCUCCGACAAGAAAAACCACUUCAACAAAAGAGGAUAACAUAUUGAAAAAGAGCUCUGGCAGCACUCGCUGCUCGCACAUACACGCAGGCUCACCAACACUAUCGCAAACGCGAAACAUACACACGUAUAUGUACGUGGGAAAGUAAACCGACAUCUUUUUUACGACAUCAUCGUCUCCAAGUCGAGAGUCGUCGUAUAGUUUUGCAAUCACGCAAAGCCAACAAGAGAGAGCAAGCAAAACGAGAGAGAGCUUAAGCUUAGUUUUGGAACAGGCAGCAAGGGCCAGGGCCCUUUGAUAACACACAUACACACACGCAAGCGAAAACGCACGCUCUCUCUCCACACACAAACACACACACAGGCAAAAGCAAGCUUACGCCCACGGAGAGCGCAGGCGAAACGAUCAACAAAGAGAGCUCACGCAAAAACACGUGAGAAGAGAGCAAGAGAGAGAGAGAGAGUCAGUCUGGUUGCUGGAUUCGGUGUUGUUUCCUAACACGCACAGCGCAUUUGGAAAUCACAGCACGGCAGUGACGAGCCGAGUCUAUCGGGCAGCAGCAGCAGUCGUGAAAGUGCGUCGACAACGUCGCAGUGUGUGCGUGAGCAGAGUCAGCAGCACCUCCCUGCAUUGCAUUUACGAAACCCAGUGUUGCCACAUCGCUGCAUAAUCCCACACCAUAUGAAAGCAAUAUAGCUUGGAAGUGCAAAGCGACAAAUAUAAUAACUACACAACACUAAAACAAAAAAGAACUUGACGAAACUCGCAACCAACAACCAGGAAACAAAAACAGCAACAAAAACACUCCAGACUCCAAAUGAAAACGCUUGUGCUGAGUCCAGACGAUCUGCAGAACUUUAACAAGUUCAUCUACGAUCCCAAAUCGGCCGCCCAGCUGGCUGCCAGCGCCGGAGCAAUUGCAGCAGCCGCCGCCCAUGGUGGACACGGUCAUGGUCAGGCGGGUGUGCAGCUGGUGGCAGGUGGCGCCGCUGUGCCCGUUCCCACGGUGAGCACAUCGGCGGGCGUUGGUGUCGCCUCCGGUGUGGGUGCUAGUGCUGCUGCCAACAAGCAGUUGAUGGCGUUGCACUACUAUCUGAAUCAUCAGGGCAACAGCUAUAUGGCCCAGCAACCCGGUGGCAACAGUGUGGCACAACAGCAGCAGCAGCAGCAACAACAGUUGCUGGCACAGUCGCAGACACAGCUGAAGCAACUGCAGCUGAAGCAACCGACAAUACAUCAGCAUCAGCAGCACAUUAGCUACCAUCAUCAUCAUCCCUACUAUCAGCAGCAGGCGACGCCGACGCACAACAGUCACACACACUCACACAGUCACACACUCGCGCACACACAACACACACACAGUCACAGCAGCCAUCCAGCAGCGACACAUCAUGGCCAACAACACAAGGUGCAGUUGCAAUCGAAUCACCAGCAGCAGCAACAGAAUCAACUGCCAGUGCAUGCGCUGAAUCAGAACUCCAAUUUCUCGGCAGCCAGUUCGAGCACGGGAGGCACUGCAUCCUCCAGCCAUGCGCCCACACAACAAUCGAAUGGCUCCAGCGUUUCACCCACCAUCAUCAGUCAUCAGCCACGCUCUGUUGCUGCUGCCGUUGCUGCCGCCGCUGGCAGCAAUAGCAACAACAUUGCUGCGGCAGCGAAUGCAUUGCUGCGUGCCACAGCCACGGUGGCAACCGGUGGUGUAGCAGCUGCAACAUCAGUGUCUGCAUUGGCGUCGUCAUCAUCGUCGUCGUCAUCGUCAUCCUCGUCGUCGUCCGCCUCAUCAACGUCCGCAACAACGUCGUCGUCGGGAUCUGCGGCUGCCAAUUGUGCCAAGAAACUGAAAACGGAACCGUUGCUCUCCCAAUACAAUCAAACCGAGCGCCUCAAUUUUGCCAACACGUACAUUGUGUGGAGCGAGGAGCAUUGGCGUCGUGUCGUCUUCCACGAUGAACGACGCUUCAAUCUCGAUGGUCCCGAUGGUUUCUCCUACUAUUAUCACGAUCUGCGCAAUUACGAGCGCAAAUUGUCGCAACGGCCGCGUGGCAACUCUGUCUACAUCUACCUGAUGAUCUGUGUGGGCGGACCCAUCCAUCUGGAGGUGUCGUCAGCCAAACAACGUCCCGAAUCCUGCAUUGAGGCCAUCAUGCGUGAGCGUCCCAAUAUCGUUAGCAAACUGGGCGGCAACACAGACUUUGUGCUGCAGGAUCACAAUUGGAUGUCGCACGCUCUGCCCACCGCCCAGGAGCUGCUAAAUGCCGAGGGACUGAAAACCCAGAAGUGGCCAACAAUCGCCCAUGACCUGAACAUUAUGGAAAACAUUUGGGGUUGGCUCAUUCGUGAGGUGUUCGAUGGCGGACGCAAGUUUUCGCGGAAAGACGAUUUGAUAUUUCGCAUCAAGGAGGCGUGGUCACGACUUCCCCACGAUCUGAUCACGAACCUGUACAGCACACUUCCCGAGCGAAUCACCGAGCUGUAUUACACUCAAGGCGUCUACACGAAUUGUUGACAAACGACACGGCAUCGAGCUGGAGUUGAGGAUUGCGAUCAGGCGGAGAACAGCAAGGAGGGAAGACGACGGCAACAGUUUCGGCAGCUGCUGCUCCACACACGCAUCGCAUUUUAGGCUGAGCACCCCAGACUAUAUAGCACUAGGAUGAGCAUCAGAUCAGAAUCGGAGUGGAUGGAGAAUCGGGAACCGUUUUUUUUUUAUUGUAUCCUACAUUUUACUUGACAUUUUUUUGUGUAUAGCCUUAAGAUGUGCAUGUGUGUGUGCGAACACAAUCUGAAAGUGAAUCUAUAUUUCUGUAGCUGCUGCAUUCUAGAGAGAGACUCUGUUUAGUUUAUGUACUAAUUGGAAAACAUAAAUGAUGCGCAAUUCCCUGAACGCCGCCGCCGCCACGUGUGGCAACGCUGGCAAACGAUGGACGCCAGUGCUGCCCAUUCAGCUUUUGUAAUUAGUGUUACCUAUACAUAGAAAUACCCUCCUUCCCCCUCUUACCAACCCCAUUUUCACUUAUAUGUAUAAGCUUUACUUUUAGUUGUCAUUUUAAAAUAACAUCCCCAAUUCCCAAAUUCCUAUUCUUAUCCCUCACCUCCCCCCCCAACCACCAGAAAAUUAGUUACAACAAUUAUAUUAUUUGAAACUUAACUCAUUUUGUUGAUUGUUUUUAGUUAUGCAAAAUCGAAAGAAAAGAAGAGAGAAAGAGCGCGAGAGAAGUGCGAACAAAAUUAAUGCAAAGCGAGAAAAAUAGAUAUAUAUAUAUAUAAAAGGAAAACAUUGUAACUAAAGUAUUAUUUUAAGGCAUAGUUUUUUGUUGUAGCAAAAUGCAUACAUGAAACGAAACAAAAACAAUACAAACAAGAGAGAAAAAACAAUACAAACACAAGAAACUAAAAUCCUAUCAUGUAAAAUUUGUUUACGAACAGAAAUUAUAUUUAAACUAAUUAUCAAUGUAAUUAAUACAUACAUAUUAAACAA